AGUAAGAUUGGACAAGUCCCCUUCCCCUUUCAACUUGCCCAGCUGCAGCAAACCGUGAUUGGAACCAGACUAUUACAAAUCACUGCAUUCAAGAUGGCGAUGUCCAGAGGUAUUUUUAUCGUGGCUGCCAAGCGUACCCCUUUCGGUGCCUUUGGUGGCAAGCUGAAGGACCUAACACAGACGGACCUGUGCGAAGUUGCUGCACGUGCUGCACUGGCAGCGGGCAACAUCAAUCCAGAAAUUAUUGACAGCACAUUCGUUGGUAAUGUCGCGCAGACUUCGCCUGAUGCAGCCUAUGUUGCGAGACACGUAGCCCUUCGGUCUGGCGUCAAGGACGACAAGCCAGCUUUGACUGUGAAUCGCCUGUGUGGGUCAGGGUUCCAGUCCAUUGUCAGUGGAGCUCAGGACAUUCUAACGGGAGAUGCAGAAGUUGUGUUGACUGGAGGCACGGAGAACAUGAGCAUGGCUCCGUACACCGUGAGAGGGAGCCGCUUCGGGACCAAGCUUGGAGUGGACCUCAAGCUUGAAGACACCUUAUGGGCCACCCUGACAGACUACCACAUCAAAACCCCCAUGGGCAUGACGGCAGAGAAGCUGGGGGCCCAGUACGGAGUCACCAGGGAGGACUGCGAUCAGUUUGCUCUGUUGUCACAGCAACGAUGGAAGAAAGCCAAUGACGAGGGUCGGUUCAAGGAUGAGAUGGCUCCCAUUGAGAUGAAGUCCAAGAAAGGCGUUCAGGUGAUGGACACGGAUGAGCAUCCACGAGAAGCUACUCUGGAAGCUUUGGCCAAACUUCCUCCCGUUUUCCAAAAGAACGGGCUAGUCAGUGCUGGAAAUGCUUCAGGAAUUUGUGACGGAGCAGGUGUGGUGAUACUAGCAAGUGAAGAGGCCGUCGCUAAACACAACCUGACGCCGUUAGCCAGGCUGGUCAGUUAUCACGUCUCGGGAUGUGACCCGAGCAUUAUGGGUAUUGGUCCUGUUCCGGCAGUUAAACGAGCCCUGGAGAAAGCCGGGCUUCGACUAGCUGACAUGGACCUCUGUGAGGUUAACGAAGCAUUCGCCGCCCAGUUCCUGUCCGUACAGAGAGAGCUUGGACUGGAUAUAGAAAAGACCAACACCAAUGGGGGCGCUGUUGCCUUGGGUCAUCCCGUCGGGGCGUCGGGAAGUCGCAUCACAGCUCAUCUUACCCAUGAAUUGAGGCGGACCGGAGGGAAGUAUGCCUUGGGCUCGGCGUGUAUCGGGGGAGGCCAGGGUAUUGCUGUCAUUCUAGAAAACACCAAGUAACAGAAAAACUCCAAACUCUUCAAACAAUGCACUUUGAUACUGUAAAAAUUAUACAAAAAUUAUCUGUUUGUACUGUUCUUUCAAAUUUAGAUUUUCCAUCCGUGAGGCAAUAGGAAGCUUCAGGUCUCAUCCAUUUGGCCAAAUAUUUAUGUGUCUGAGUGUAAAAUGUAUUCAAUCCUUUAUUUCUCCAAUUACAUGUAUUUGUAAUUUGCAAUUUGAUUCAGUGAAUGAACCAAAAAUCUGGAUAAAAAAAGUAUCUUAAUGAAAAUGGUGAGUGCAUGAACAAAAAAGAACCUUUAUUUUCUGAAGGAAGUUCUACUUAAACCACACACGCACAAAUUAGUUUGAAUUCACAGAUUUAAGUUUAUACAUUCCAAUGUGUGUGCGCAGUUAAUGGAAUGAAGUUACUCUUACAAAAUUUAAUUUUUAAAUUGCGAAUAUAAAUGUUACGAUGUGCAAAAUAAAAUGUUGAAUUCAAAUGCAAGAUCCAGA